GCUUCAAACUUGAAAUAUCCCGUACAUCGCCGCCGUUGCGUUCGCCGGCUUCUGCUGCUGCUGAUCGACACGAUGGACGGCGAGCCUCUGUGGCACAGGAGCUUCCCCGGCAACGUCAGGAAAGAGAUCAUUCACAGCCUCGGCAGCUCCACCAAGGAAGCCUCGCCGCAGUCCGACCUGUGGACCGGAGGCCUCGUCUGCGCCUUCGAGUUCGUCCGCGGCCACGGCUUCGCUAGCCCGCCCAAUCUCUCACGGAACAACUCAUCGCAAUACUCCAAAGACCAUUCAGCCAUGGAUCCCACGAAACUACCCAUCACCAAGUUGGGGGACGUUUCGUCUCAAGGCAUGUUUCUUGGUUUGAUUCCAUUUCGCGGUAGAAAGCCCGCUUGACAGACAGAUUGGCAACCGGUAGGUUCGGAGGACAGCGAGGAGCCGAGGCCGGCAUGCAAGCACGGCAAGGCGUCGCCGGAGAGCUACUGGGCGCCGAUCGGGUGGAGGAGGAUAGCGGAGCUGGUGGAGAUGGUGGAGGGGGACGCGGCGUGGGACGGACAGGGAAUGGGCGGCCUCAUGGACGACGGCGACCAGUGCUGCGAUAUCACCGUGGCCGAUGUCGCCGCGCCGUACUGGCAGAGGCCGGCGGGGCCGACCUGGUGGUGCCACGUGACGGCGGGACACCCGGCGGUGGACGCCUGGCUUGCCGGCGCGCGAUGGCUGCACCCGGCGAUCCGCGUGGCGCUCAGGGACGAGAGCAUGCUCAUCAGUGAGAAGAUGAAGCAUCUACUGUACGAGGUCCCCGUUAGAGUUGCAGGCGGCUUGCUGUUCGAGCUAUUGGGCCAGUCCGUGGGCGAUCCGGCCGGCGACGAGGAUGACAUUCCUAUUGUGCUCCGUGCAUGGCAAGCUCAAAAUUUUCUGAUAACAGCGCUUCAUGUGAAAGGUUCUGCGACCAACAUUAACGUCAUAGGGGUUACAGAGGUUCAGGAGCUUCUUUCUGCAUGUGGAAGCACAGCUCCUAAAAGUAUCCAUGAAGUUGUAGCGCAUUUGGCCUCCCGCCUUGCUCGAUGGGAUGACAGAUUGUGGCGCAAAUACGUGUUUGGUGCAGCCGAUGAAAUUGAAGUUAAAUUUGUAAACAGGAGAAAUCAAGAAGACCUAAACCUGCUGUGCAUAAUAUUUAACCAAGACAUUAGAAGGUUAGCCACUCAGGUUAUCAGGGUGAAAUGGUCACUGCAUGCUAGAGAGGAGAUAAUAUUUGAGCUGCUCCAGUAUCUGAGGGGAACCGCCACCAGGUUCUUGCUUGAAGGUAUCAGGAAAGACACAAGGCAAAUGAUAGAAGAGCAAGAGGCUGUCCGUGGCCGGUUGUUCACCAUCCAGGAUGUGAUGCAGAGCACUGUGCGUGCCUGGUUGCAGGAUAAGAGCCUUCGCAUCACACAUAACCUGACCAUUUUUGGUGGGUGUGGCCUCAUUCUGUCAAUCAUCACCGGAUUGUUUGGGAUCAACGUGGACGGCAUCCCAGGAGCUAAAAACACUCCAUAUGCUUUUGCAUUGUUCUCCGGGCUUCUGUUCGUGAUUGGGUUCAUGCUGAUCAUCGUCGGAAUCGUCUAUUUCGGACUGCAGAAACCGGUCAGUGAUGAGCAGGUCCAAGUGAGAAAGUUGGAGCUCCAGCAGCUAGUCUCCAUGUUCCAGCACGAGGCCGAGACACACGCCAAAGUGAGAGAAGGAGUCCUGAGGAGCGACUUGCCUCCUAGAGCAGCUGAUCUCAUCUAUGACAAUGUGCGUAAACUUGGAAGGUAUUUCCCGUUCGAAGCAAAGUGUGAGCCACCGCUUCAAGGUUACCACUUGGUUUCGCUUUGCACCCUGUAGUAGCGAGAUGUGAGGUGAAGAGAGCAGCCGCAAAUGCGGUUGGUUCGUUGCAGCGUGUAGACAAGUUCUGAAGAAACUCCCAAGCGUGUUGCACCCUUUUCAGGGGACGGCACACGGCAGCCUUUAAGACGAAGAUCUACCAUCGUCGCAUCUCUGUAAAGUCUGCGUGUAUGUGGUCUCACUAGUGUUUCCUCGAGCAAUCACUCUCAUGAUCAGGUGAUAUUCACGUGGCCAGAGCCCUCGAUGUGAGUCUUAGCUUUACUUUCACAUGGACAGCAAGAGGGAGGCCGAUGUUUUUUCUUGUGCAUGCGGAUAUCUUAUUAAAAGUGCCAAUCAAAACAAAGUCUGACAUCCAGUGCAGCUCUCGGAAGGUGCACAAAGGGAGAAAAAAAGGCUACAAUCGGCAAAAAAACAAGACAAGAUGACUAAAUUCCUAUUCUAUUAUUGGAUCGUCAUCUAAAUCGGUUGUAUAUAUCCCAUGCUACCGUCUCCCAGUGGUUGCACUCAAUAACCAAAAGCUCCAUGUAGUCCCUACCGUCUCCCAACACUGAGGCCGAUGUAGCUGCAACUUUCCAAGUGCCACUUCCUGUCUCGAAAUGUUCAAAUGUUUCUCUAUAGUGUUUGUGGAGUCAGAACAACUAUAGCAAUAGUCCCUCAAAACCGGGUAAGGGGGUACAAAAUUCGUUUUCAAGAGUUAAACCGGACCUAGCCAAACCUUAAUCCGGCUUAACUGCUCGAAACUUUUACUCCUAGCUUCUACCGUGGCUCAAUCUCAGGAUAUAUCACCCCUUCCCCGCGCUUGUACUACAUCGACGUCCGCGCCGCCAAAAUCCAGCAUAGCACUCGCCCUCCCAUGCCUGGCACUUCCAAUUAACCGGUGCCGCCCUCGACUCCCCCGAAAUGGCAGGAUUUAGCCGUCAGAGGUUACCACCGCUGAUUUGAAGUGUCGAUACGUACCGCAACACGCAGGCGAUCCGAGCAUGCGGCGACGCGUCACCCUCUCGCUCCUACACUGACUUGCUACAGCCGCCGCUGAAGAGGAAGUACUACGGCAUGUGGCAGCGGCCGUAGGAGGCAUGGGCUUUGUAAAUAAAGGACCAAAACACCGGUCGCCGGUACUGGAUUGACUCCUUCCAGUCGGCGGAGCAGGCGGUGAGUCUCUACGGCAGUCGGGCGAAGAUCAACUUCACUCGUAGCGGCCGUGAUGUCCUCGAGUUCCUCGCCAUCGACCCUCGAGUGGUUUCCCGUCGCGAGGUGCGGGAGAAUCAGGAGGCCUUCGAGCGUCUCGAGGUGGUGCACGUCGAUGAGGUGUACAUGGUCGAGCUCCUCCUGGAUAAUUUGGAGCUCGUCGUCGAGGAGCGUCGGCGUCUCGAGCUGUACAAUAAGGGGGAUACCGACAA